AUGAGUCAACAACAACAACAGCAGUUCGGAGGCGCAUCUUCCGGCCAGCCCACAUACACCCUACCACCCCUUCUCAACAAAGAUAUGGAGUACCUGUGUGCUGAUUGCGGUGCAAAAAACGAGAUCAAGUCUCGCGAGCCUAUUCGUUGCAGAGAAUGCGGGCAUCGAAUCAUGUACAAGAAAAGAACAAAACGGAGUACGUCGAGUCAGCGUUUCAUUCAUUCUCCUUUGGAUUAA